UUUUUUAGAUCCUCGGCUUUAGGCUUCAUAUCGCGGUGAAGUGGAAUGUGUGGAGUGCUUCCUGUCAUCACAGUGUCUGUCUGACCGGGCACGGAGCUCUGCACCAUCUCUGCCUGAAAGACUGAGGAAUCCUGGUGGGGGGCUCUGUCUCUGCCGUUUCUUUCAGACACCAGACAACCUGCCGGUCCAGCUAUGAAGACAGAGCAGAGCUGUGUGGAGACACUCCGAGGGGUCAAAGAUCUGCUCCAAAAACCGGCGCACGCGGAGGAGGAUGCCCCGGAGAAGCAAGACGAAUGUAAAUACGUUGAUUUGGAGUUAGUGUAUGUGAAAACAGGCGGGACAAAACCGGAGAGAGACUGUCGCUUUGGUGAAGAAAACCAAAUGUCUGUCGUUGUUAAGAGCAGCGGCGCCGGAGUUUCGCGCGCAACGGAACCAAACAUUGAGUUGGCGAUUAAAAACAAUAUUGAAACUAACAAUAACGAGGAUAAUGGAGUUGGGAAAUGUGCAGAAGAUGUCAAGCAGGGUCCCUCUGAUUCACUUCCGUCAUCACAUGUCCCUUGUAUUAACGCAAAGUCAGAGGAUUGUCUCAAAUCAGGGGAAAGAAGCGAGCGCGCCAUAACGCAGCCAGAGGUGUCCAAAAAAGAGGACAACAAAAACACAGCAAGAGAUGAGUUACACUGUGGUGAUAAUUAUCUGAGCGGGAGAAGUGAGUCGUAUGAUUAUGAGGAGGAUGAUGUUAGUUUGGUGCUUUCCGACGACUGCGUCCUGUGCAUACCGCAGGAUGAGUCCCAUUACAUCACAACGCACGAGAUCCAGCUCUCGGAGCUCUCUGACCAUGAGGAGGGCUACGGCCUCGGGGCGGGCUCAUCCAGCUGGGACAUUGAGGAUGACAACCAGGUGUACUCGUUUGUCGAUUAUGCUUCUUUCGCCGGUGAUGGAGCGGUGGGGGAGAGGGGGGACGGCGGCCAGCCUCGCACUCAGGGCGCAGCAGCAGUCAGCACUCUGCUUGAAAGUGAUCUGUGCGACGCGGCCAAGUUCACCAGCUCAGAUGAGAGUGUGUCAAAGCCCCAGCAGCACCAGCAGUGCAGGGGCAACAGUGCGGGGCAGAUCCACCUGUCAAUCAGAACCACUUCUCGAGCUAUAAAUGACCCUAGCAACAUCCAAGAACAGGGAAAUAUCAUUUAUCAUGCAAGGCGCUCCGGGGACAUGAGUCGCUAUGUGUUCAGGGGAGUUGAUGGGAAGGCAGAGACGUUGUGUGACAGGGCCAAGUGUUUCAUAGCCGCGCCCGGACGCUUACAUUUUGGCCGCAAAUUGAGGGGAAAAGAGGUGACUGAGUAUUCCAGCGGUGCGUCCAGCGCUGUCAGCGAGCUGGACGACGCUGACAAGGAGGUGCGCAACCUGACGGCCAAAGCCUUCAAGAGCCUGGCUUAUCCUUACUUUGAUGCCAUUAAUUUCAGCACCUCCAGCGAGUCAUCUGCAUCAGAGCAUGGCAAAGGGAUAAACAGGUGGUCCACGUUUGUCGACCUGAAAUAUGGCAAUAUGAAUAUGUCACGGGGACUGGACCAAAGUGUUGUUUCCCAUCAAAACUCAACGGCCUCAUUUGAAAUAGCCAAAAAUAUAGACAACAGAGGUUAUAAGGGCAUUGCACUGGCAAGCAUCAAACCGCCCACCAGCAAGAUCUUCACUCUGCAUGGCAACCCACACAGCGCAUCCACACAGUCAUCUACACAGCAGAUAGAGCUGAUGGGGGAAUUCAGUCAGGGCCACAGUGGAGUGAUUAGACUCACAGAAACUCUGAAUUUUCGUUGCAAUGUCAAAUCGGGAAUGUCUGGGGGUGAAAGACACACUAACUUUGCACAAAACGCUGCAGGAUCACGUUCCACAGAUGAAGUUACCAACAGUUUGCCAAGCGGCCAGAGGAGAGGGGCCAGCAAGUCGCCUUCUAAAACCAUGGAAGACACACACAAGAAAGCCAUAUUCGCCUCGAGUCUGAUCAAAAAUGUGAUUUCUAAGAAGAUGCAGUUCGAGCAGGAGCGCAAGAUGGAAAGAGGGGAGAUAAGCGAGCCGCACCCGACGCAUUCUCCGUGCUGCGUGCACCAGGAGAGUGACAGACACAGGGAGAAGGGCAGCAGGGAGCUGCACAGACAGUGCUCCAGGUUUUCUGAGGGCAGCUCUGACUAUACCAUAAUGUGCGCGGAUGAAUUAGGGGACAUAUUGGACAGCGGCUCAUGUGAUACCAAGAGCGACUCUCGAAAACAAGACACGGCCGCUCCAAUCAGAGACAUUAUACCAGAAACUAAUUUGAAACCGGCAAAGGAAGCUGGAAUCGAUACUAAAAAAGGUGCAUUGGAAGCGUCCAAAAGCACAUUGCUUCGCAGCCAAAAUAGCGCAUUCAGAUGCUGGAAGGACGAGGAGCUAGAGUUUCAAAAGGAUAAUAAAAACGAUCAAACUCCGGAGAAGUCGGCUUCAGCUAACGAGGACGACGGCGAGGGGGAUCAUUACUCAGCGGGCAGCGGCAAACUGACUAAAAUGUCCCAUUUGUUUGUGCCAAGCAUUCAACUGCUGUCCAGUGACAGAGAAGUCGGACAGCAGCUGCAGAGCAGGAAUUAUUCUCCAUAUGGAGAUAGAGGAGGGAUACAACUGCGCUCUGACAACACCUUAUACAUCGCAGGCUCCAGGAAUGUGGCUACAUCUAAAUCUCCAGAAAUUCAAAUUAAUUUAAGGAGCGUCAGAGACAAUAAAACGGAGCCGUUUGGCGUUUCAAAACUGCGCGCUCCUAAUAUAGGCUGUAACGCAGCCAGCCUCAUCAGAACAGAUGACUUCAAAUGCCAGGCGCUGGCUACAGCUUUGAAGGGUGAGUCGUCAGAUAAAGUGCCGCAUUUCAUGGUUAGAGACAUCAGAGAUAAUAAAGGAAAGCUACAGACGCCCAUACACCAAGUGAGAGACGUGCGUAAAUUGGUUAAAAGUUCCUAUCACUUUGUUUCUUUGGAUAAUAACGAAAAUAAAUCCAACUUUUCAUCUGCUGACAGCCAUUCAGAGCAGAAGAAGCAAAUGUCUUAUCGAAAUCCUAAUUCUGUGUCCCCUAUAGUGAUCAAAUGUCAGUCUGUGAAUACAAAUAGUAACGGAAAAUAUUUUGAAAAUCUUACUGAGUUAUCUAAAGUGGAGCCGUUGGACGUGGGCAGAUCGUCUCCAGCAUGCGCUAAAAAUGCUCCACUGCAAAGAGCCGCACCCAUAUGUAACUCCAAUAAUUCCUCAGAUGGAGUCAUUGGAUUGAGAAUUGAAAGCAGAACAGCUUCAAACGCGCAGGAAAAAAUAUCAGACAUCACAGACAAGAAACCUGAGUCAAAAAUGGCGAAUCAGGGGGCUCUCGAAAAACUCCAGGCUGCUGUGAAAACCAUGGAGCAGCUCUAUAAAUUUGAAAAAAAUGAAUGGAAAAGGAGGAAUGAGCCCCAUAUCCUGACAGACAGCCAUGUGCUUUCAAUGAUAGCCAGUGAAGAGCAUGGAGGACCUGAGGAGGAUGGAGCGAGAGGGUCCAACAUGGACAAGACAAUCAGAAGAGACUCCUUUCCCAACAAUGACAAGACCCCUCCAGCAGUAGCCCCUGGCACUGACAGCCUGCUGAGGCGAGAGGACAAAGACACCCCCGUGGUCUGUCAGACUCCCAGCAGCCAUGAUGACAUUCUGGUUGCUAGGUCAAUGCUAGCCACUAGCAACAGAGGGAACAAAAACAUGUUCAGCCUCGGCUCUAGCCUUCCGGCCUCCACAUCAGCAAAGGCCCAGCCAAAUGCCAUCACACAAACACCUUUCAGCACCAAACGCUUCCUCCCAAAGUCCCCAAAAUUGCCGAUGUCCUUACAAGUCAGCCAGACGAAGCUAAAUGGAAAUAAAGAAGCUGAAUCAAAGGAUGUAGAGAGGUCCACACAGGAGCUAUUGAGCACCUCAGCUGAUAACGAGAACUACCUAACCAUUCCGGUCAAGUCUCACGUCACUAGCAACAAACAAGCCUCAUCUGCUGAUAAAACAUCAGUGUACACAUUUACCACCCAGACACAACCAACCACUCAUUUAGGACACUGGGGAUCUAGCAACAGUGGCUUAGAAGACCCCAACCAGGCCCCUAAACGCUCCAGCAUUGUGAUGGACACACACUUACCAGAUACCCCUUCAGCCACCAUCUACCACUCUUUGCCAUUUGGCAUGUCCACCAAUCAGCCUCAGGUGUACUGUUUCUCUCCGGCAAUCACCCCUGCUCCCACCCUGGACCCCUUCCAGGCCACCCAGAGGAAGAUGCUCCUGGAUCCCACCACUGGAAACUACUACCUGGUGGACACCCCUGUGCAGCCGGCCACCAAGCGCCUCUUUGACCCCGAAACAGGCCAGUAUGUGGACGUGCCCAUGCCGCAACUUCCAAAGACCCCGGUGCCCAUGCCAAUGUCACCUUUGGCCCUCAGUCCAGGAGCAUACGGACACACCUACAUGAUCUACCCAGGCUUCAUGCCGACACCGUCCAUGAUCCCGGCCCGGACGCUGGUGCAGUCGCACAUGUCGGUGCAGUCAGAGGCGGAGAGCGGAGAGAAAGGCUUGUCGCAGCAGACUGAGGGCAUGUACAUGGAGAGUCCCUUCUACAUGGCCACUGGCAAGUCUCCCCAGGCGGCCUACGGGGCUCCACAGCAGGCCACCGCCAACAGCCCACUGCAGGGCUUCUCCAGCGUCAAGCAGCCGGUCAUCAGCAUCACCUCCCAGCAGGGCCCCCGGAUCAUAGCGCCGCCCUCGUUUGAUGGGACCACCAUGAGCUUCGUGGUGGAACACAGAUAAAUGGCAGCUUCCCUGGACAGGGCUGAACCCUGAGUGAUGCUGACUGCUCUGGACCUUCUGUCUCUUCAUUGUUUCUUCCAUUGGCAGGAGGUGGGAGCUGAUGGGUCAGGGCCUGGUAUAGAGGGCUCCUUUAUAUCCUGUCUCACCUUUUCUAACGUGUACAAGAUGUGUAUAAAGUAUGUUUUUCUUGAUUUAUAACAUCACAUUGUACAAAUGUAAAGACUCACAAUAGGCCUA